AAGUCAGCGUCUUGUUUUGUCUCUCUCUCUCUCUCCUUUAGCAGUAGUUGCAGAGACAAGGUAGGUAUAGGAUCAUCAGAGCUUGUCUAUAUAGAAGCUAUGGAGGAAGACGACUGGGGUUUGCACGCGGUGGUCAGGAGCUACAUCGCCGCCACUAACACCACCACAUCAAUUGCUCUGCCGGCAGAUUUUUCCAACCAGACUUGCUUUUCUUCAUUCACUGCUGGUGUUGGUGAACAAAGUGGGAAUCUUUUCUCUGUUUCAGAUCCUUUUCAAGCAAGGAAUGCUUUCGAUGAUUUCCAUGAUCUCUAUAAGCCCUUUUCCCCCAAAUCUCUUCUUCCUUCGCCAGUACAGACCAAACCCAUAUCCUCAAUUUCUUCCUCCCUCAACCUCUUUGUAGAUCCAACACAGUUAAAUCAAGUACAGAAGAAGCAGCAACAGCAACCAAGGCAGUUCCAUGGUGGGUCUGUGAAUAGGACUAAUACUGCCACCGGAAAUUCUAAUACUUCUCGAUCCAGGAAAAGGAAAAACCAAUCGAAGGAGGUGCGCAGAGUACCUGCAGACGCUCUGUUUUCAGACAUCUGGGCAUGGCGUAAAUAUGGCCAAAAACCCAUCAGAGGCUCACCAUAUCCAAGGGGUUAUUACAAAUGUAGCAGUUCCAAGGGUUGUAUGGCCAGAAAACAAGUGGAGCGGGACCAAUCCGACCCGGGAAUGUUCAAAGUCACUUAUUCAGCCGAGCACAACCACCCUGCUCCGACUCACCGGAAUUCACUCGCCGGUAGCACUCGUCAGAAGCCUUUGACGACCACCGAAACAACAACGGCCAUCGCUGAUAAAGCUUCCCCAUCCAAACCCACUUGUGCCCCCUCUCCAGUGCUCUCCAUGGCACAAAGUCCAAACAGCGAAAGCAGAGAAGAGAAAGAUUUUAUUUUAGAAGACGGUGAAGAGGUAGAGUUUGGAGUCCCAGAUUCGGCUUUGAAUGAUGAUUUCUUCGCGGGUUUGGAGGAAUUUGUCGCCGGCUUAGGUGCCGAAGACUGCUUCACCCACCCAUUCCCGUCGGGGAGUUUCGGCCACCACUGGCUUACCAACAACGCGGCGGCUGCGGCCGGCAGUAUUUGACUUUUUGAAAAGUCAACACUGACAGAUUUCUUUCUAUUUUUAGAAAUAUAGAAUCUAGAACCCAAAAACCUAAACCCCAAUUAGUGAGUCUUGUAGAGUAAGGGAAAGGACCAAUUUUUAUUCUGUUUUAGCUUAAUACUAAAUUUGUUCAAUAAUGCUUCGUUCAUGGAAGUUUCUGCAUUUUGAGA